AUGGAGAAGGAUUUUGCUAGACGAUUACCCUUUAAAAUUGCUCUGCAUUUAGUUUCAUCAGAAGAUGAAUAUAACACUAUCAAAGCUUCAUCUCGAGCAAUAACACCAAUUGUAAGGGAGUCGAUGCUCCAUCGUAUUGAUUUUGAUGUGAACGGGAGGAGGCUUAGACAAACUAUCAAGGCAUGUAAAGUUGUUGCUGUGGGUCCUGGAGAUCGUAACAGAGAUGGACAACUUAUUCCUGUUGGUGUAAAAGGAGACACUGUGCUUUUACCUGAAUAUGGAGGAACUGAAGUAAAACUUGGUGAAAAGAGUAAGUAUUGGAUUCCUUCUCCACUUUCUGUAUUUGGUUUGUCUAUCUUUGCAUUCUAA